UGCCGUUGAUAUUGGGUUUUGUGGAAGACAAAGACGAAGGAUUUUGGAAUAAAUUACAGUCUUAUAUUUACGAUAGCACGAUUACGAUGAACCCGGGUGGAGGUAGAGGCCGACCUCAGGCCAAGAAGGCCAAGAUGCAAGGACCUGGCAACAGGAUGGGGGCUAAACAAGCACAGAAAGCACCAGCAGUGAUCAAAGUUGUGGAUGGACGUGUCAUUACUGCAGAAGAUGUUGGGGCUCUCAGACCUCCAGUUGUAGACCCACUUGAACAGUUCAAAACAUUCUAUAAGGAAAUAAAUAUUGUUGAGGAGACCGAGUGGAAUACUUUCCUCAAGUUCUGCAAGGCUCCAAUUCCACUGUCGUUCCGAUUUAUUGAGAGUUAUGCAAGCUGCCCCUCCCACAUUGAUACAAUCCCUGGUGUGCCGAGCCAGACCCGGGUGUUUAUUCAGUACUUGAAGUCAAAACUUGUGGAAAGCCUGGGAAAACUAUCGAUUGAUUCAAAGACCAAUGUCAGUCUAGCUCCUCUGCCAUGGUAUCCAAAUGAGCUUGGCUGGAGUCUAAACGUCCCCAAAGAGGAGGCCGACAAAUACCUUGGUUUGAAGAAAUUUGAUGACUUCAUCAACUCAUCGAUGAGAGAGCACAAGGUCCAAAUGGUUGAAACAUGGAGUAUGGUUCCAGCUGCCUUGAUGGACAUACAACCUCACCAUGUGGUGUUGGACAUGUGUGCUGCCCCAGGUUUCCUGGCCAGUCAACUGGCCUUAAACUUACACAGGGACCCACUGCAGGCACAGGCUGGCCUGUUGAUAAUGAAUGACCUGUACCGGGCCAGGAGUGGGAUGUUGAUGCAGUGGGUUCUUGGCUUGAAGACGGCCUUUGCCAACUUUGAUGCCCGCUCAUUUCCUGAUUUCUACCUUAGCAGUGAGAAGAACUUGCAGAAUGCACUGAAGUAUGACAGGGUGAUUUGUGAUGUUAAAUGCAGUUCUGAUGGUACAAUGAGAAAGAAUGUCUCUCUACAAGAGAGCUGGAAUUGCAACAAGUCACUGCAUCUACACAGUGAACAGAAGGCCAUUCUGAGACGUGCCCUUGAGCUGGUCAAGGUCAAAGGUCAAGUUCUCUACACAACAACUACCAUGAACCCUAUUGAAAAUGAGGCCGUUGUCAUGGAUUUGAUCAAAGAAUCUGCAGGGUCAGUGGAGUUGGUGGACUGUCGUCCCCGACUGACCGACUUUAAGGUCCGCCCGGGCUUGACCAACUGGAAGGUAAUGAUGUUUGGUGGGCGUAUGCUCGAGAGCUACGAGGAAGGUGAUGAAGAGUUCCGGAAUUUGUUCCCUUGCAGUGUGUUUCCCCCACCCAUCAAGGAGGCCAUGGCGUUCCAUAUGGAGAGAUGUAUUCGUGUGCUGCCCCAUGACAACAACACAGCCGGCUUCUUCUGUGCUGUCCUUGUAAAGUCAACUGAACUACCCUGGAUCCAGGAACGUAUUGUCGAGGAGAUGGCAGCGAAUAAGUUGCAGGCUACCAGCCCACCGCAGGAACCGAAACUGAAGGAGUAUGGCUAUGUAAUUGAAAUGAUGACUCAGUUGUACCCCACUGAGAUUGAGUGGACCACAGAAACUACUGAUGAAAAGUUACAGACCACUAGUAAGGUGACGAAGACCUUCCACAAGGCCCCGGAGCAGGAAAUUGACCCUAGUUGCCAGCCCGGGCAGCUGAUACCAAUGUAUCGUAACCACUGGACAUUCCUGAAGAAAGCUGACCCAGAGUGGAAAUCCAUCAGGGAUUUUUUCAAGAUCUCAGAAGACUAUGACCCAUCAAUGAUGCAUUUCUCAGACGAAGAUAUUUACCACUCCGUGCCACUUAUGAUGACCUUAAUUGAACACAACAAGGACCUUGUCAGCAGAAAUUGUGGGAAGGAGUAUGGCGCAAAAUUCUUUUACAAGUUUCCUGAGGUUGCAAUUCCUGUGGAACCAGUCUGUGAAUAUAUGAUGACAAAUCAGGCCAUGGCAAUGUUGUAUCCGUUCCUGGGAAAGCAGAUUGUGAACAUAGACUCGACUGAUUUGCUGAGGCUGGCAUACUAUCCCAAGUUAAAGAUCGACACCCUCAGUGAAAAAGCACAAGCUGACAUGAAGGAAACAGAUGUUGGAUGUAUUCUCUUCAUCUACAGGCCAAAGUACAUGAGCAGUGUUCCCAACUGCAACAUUACAUUGGUGGGUAUCCGAAACGACACCCACUGUGUCAUUUACCAAGAUGAGUACAAGGUACUGGAGGAGAGGUGCAUCUUUAGGUUGGCGGGCAUGGAGAGAGAGGACUACUUUCGCAAAAUGCAGGAGGAUAAAAUUGCCAAGUUAAUGGCAGAACAGGCUGCGCAGAUGGACACAACAUGAACACUGUAAAUGUACCUUACUGUAAGGAUACUGUAUAUGGACCCUAAAAUAUAGAGAUUUUGUUAAUGGACCCUAAAAGGAGGAAUUGUUCGUGGACACUAAAAGGAGGAAUUGUUUAUCGGUGCUUGAAGGAGGGAUAGUUUAUGGACAAUACAAUGAGGAGUGUUCAUUUAUUGGCCUAAAAAUGACAACACUUUGUGAAAUUUUACUUGAACCUUGUUUAUGGACCAAUUAAACCUGUUAUUGACCUUAAUAUGAAGAUUUUGUUUAUUGACCUUUAUUUGAAGAUAUAUCAAGGUUAUAAUUAUGGUCCUGAUGACUUUUUUAUGAACCUUCACGUGAACACCUUAGCAAGUUGGUCAAUUUACUUCCUUUUUUUAGUUGAAAUAAAGAACAAAAAUACAAACUGCAAUAACUUUAUCUGAAACGUAUUUUCAGUCAUUUAUUUUACAUAUUAGUUAUCAGUAAAGCAAUACCCUUAUGAUAAUGAUAAUAAGAUUAUAUGGAGUCAGAAAAAAACAGAAGUGGUAUUCUUAAAAUAUAAAGACAUUGUUUGAGGAUUUUUUAUGAAGGCAUAGUUUGUUGACUUUGAUAUGAAGACUUUGCUUAAAACUAUAAAGAAUUUAGAUAUUGGGCCGUAAUAUCAUGACUUGUAAAUGAUAUGAAUCUCUGUACACAAUAUUUACUUUAACACUGUUUUUGAGUACAUGUUACUGGAUUUCAGACCUGAUAUCCUUUAUUUCAUUUUUGUAUAGUUUUUCUUAUGAUCAUAAUUCUCUUUGGUAAUCAUUAUUCAAAUAACUGAAUGUUAUGGAAACAGAAACAUAUUGCUUUGUUAUUUAACUAUUUUUAUCAGCUAUCAUGUGUGUAAUGUAAAAUUUGUGACUUUUCAAGUUGUAUCAAAAUCAUCAUUGUGAAUUUAAUAAUUGUACAUAUGAACUCUUCAUGGAAAUAAAUGUGUUUUUCCAGGCAUCCUUUGCUUGAAAUAUUUGUUGUUUGAUUGAAAACAUGCCCAUAUCCUAACGAUUUACUGAUCAAUACAAGUGUUUGCCCACUCAGAUUAAUGUUUAUACAUGUAUUAUCCUAAAUUUAUUUCCUGAUUUAUGGAGUAACAUCAUUGCCACAUAAGGCCUAAAAAAAUACAUUUGGUUUGGGUUACCCGAACCCUACCUACGAAAUAGGCGC